AUGCGAGUGAAACGAGAAACGCGCGAACAAGCAAGGCAACACCGUUAUACCCUUCUCGAGAAACGUGUCGAAGAAGAAGCUGAGGCAUAUCGGCAAGAUGCUGCGUCAACAUCGAAUGGCCUGCAGGGUUGCAACGAGGGCAGUACAGUAUUGCAGGAUAAAGUCGUGGAAUUGGAGGACCGAUUUCAACGAGCAAUGUUCCUUUAUUCUCAGCUAGACAAUGAAAAGUCAGCUCUAUUAUAUGAGGUGGACUUGUUAAACGACGAAUUGGAAGAGAAGGAAGUUCUUUUGCAGCAGUCUAAUAGAGAAUGUCGCGACCUCACCAGUGAAGUGAAACUACUAAAACGGACGAUUGAAGCAAUGACAGCUACACAAAACAAUUUAAAGGCUGAAAUCGCUCAACGGGAUCGUUUGAUUCAACUCCCCGUUAUAGAAUAA